AUGUCUGACCUCGCGACUCAAGAUGUUUCAGGCAGCAGAGGUGCCUUUAUCGUUUUGGAAGGCUUGGACCGAAGUGGGAAAACAACCCAGGUAAAGCUUUUGGAGCAGAGAUUUGUCGAAGAGGGUAAAAAGGUCAAGGUUAUGAGAUUCCCCGACAGAACUACACCUAUUGGACAGAUGAUUGAUAACUACCUCAAGAGCAAUGUAGAAAUGGAGGAUCAUGUCAUUCAUUUGCUCUUUAGCGCAAAUCGCUGGGAAGCUGUCAAACAAAUCCAAUCCCUUUUAGCUUCAGGAACAACUAUCCUCUGCGACCGCUACUAUCACUCAGGAAUAGUCUACUCAGCCGCCAAGCAAAACCCCUCUCUCAGCCUCCCCUGGGCACGAGCCCCCGAGCGCGGUCUUCCUCGUCCUGACCUUGUGCUCUUUCUUGAUCUAACCGAAGAGCAAGCUCAGGCGCGAGGCGGAUGGGGUGGGGAAGUGUACGAAAGGUCUGGUAUGCAGAAACGCGUGCGGGAAUUGUUCUGGGGACUUUCUAUGGGUGGGAAGGAUGUUGCGGCUCAGGGAUUGGGGCUUGAUGAGGGUGAAGGGUGGACGCAGGAGGAAGAGGAUCUUGUUGUUGUUGAUGCGGGGGGGAGCGUGGAGGAGGUUAAUGAGGAGGUUUGGAAGAUAGUUAGAGGGAGGGUUGAGCAGGUUGAGAGGGGGGAGGUUGGAAGGAGUGUGAGGGUUGUGAGGUAG